AGCCCCGCUCCGGGCGCGGGGAGGCUGCUGGGAGGUGUAGUCCCCCCCGGAGAGGCUGGCCGGGAAGGGGGCAGGACCGUUCCCAGUGAUGCUUCGCUGCCGCGCACGGAGGGAGGCGACGACAAGGGACCUGCUCUGCCCACGGAGCUUCCCCCUUCCUGCGUGGGCGCCCCACGCCCCUGGCUCCGUCCUUCUGCCCUGGCUGCCCCCAGCGCCCGGGGGAAGAGCCGCUCCGGCAGAGACCGACCCUCCCCGCCCCAGCCCCGGCCGCCCGGGCUCCGGGGGAAGCGGGAGGCGAGAUGUCCGGCGGGGUCGCCGCUGCCCAGAUGCCAGUGACAUUUGAAGACGUUGCUGUCAGGUUCUCAGCAGAGGAGUGGGAGAUCCUGGAGGGAUGGCAGAAGGAGCUUCAUAAAGAAGUGAUGGAGGAGAAUUACCAGUUGCUGAUCUCGCUAGGUCAGCCAGUUCCCACACUGGCUCUUCUGGCCAUGACUGCAGAGCGGGAAGCUGCUGGCGGCCAGAUCCGCAGUGUUUCCGGAGAGCGAGAGCUCACCAGUGAGGGCAGCAGCUCAGAGGAUGAAGAAUUGGCCUUUCCAGGGAAUGACCCAGAUGUGGGCGGAUUCUGGGACUCAGGGCAAACAGAAGAGGACGGGUGCCCCACAGGAGAUGAGGAAGGAGAGCAUCAGGGCAGCCUGCAUCUUAGCGCACUGAUGAAGCUGGUGAAGGAAAUCCCAGAAUUUCUCUUUGGGAAUUCAAAGGCCACUGUGGAGCCAGCUGAGGCUGCCGAUAGUGAAGCUGAGAUGGGCUCUGAGAGGGCGUGUGCUGACGUUAAACCAGAAAUAACUCCAGAGAAUCCACCUGCCCUUGGCCUGGAGAACUGUUUAGCGGAAGUAUCUGUCAAUAGACCCAGUCAUGCCGACACACCGAGCAGCUGCGAGUCCACCAGCAGCCCAGAAGGGGCUCAGCUUGGGAGACUGUAUGCAGAAGUGACUUCAGAGAACAGCCCCCUCCAAGGUCUGUUGAACUGCCUGAAGGAAAUUCCCAUCAACAGACCCCGUCACCCCAACAUGCAGAACCUCAGUGCACAAGGAGACGUGGAACACAAGAGAGUGGGGGUGGAGAUGAAGAGCUUAUGUGCUACGGUUAAAACAGAAGUCACGACAGAGAGUUUCCCCAUCCAGGGGCUGAUGGGCUGCCCUGUAAAGAGGCCCAAUUAUCUAAGCACCUCAACCAGCAGCUCGUCUACCAGCAGCGCACAAGGGGGUGUGGAAGACAGGAGGCUGGAGCUGGAGCUUUGGAAAUGUUCUUAUGAAGAGAAUAGCCCCCUCCAAGGCCUGCUGAACUGUCUGAAGGAAAUAAUUGUUCAUAAUCCCCAUCAUCCCCACCCAUCACCCUGCAAAUCGGCCAAGGGCAGCACGCAAGGAGACCCAAGGCAGAGGAGGCUGGAGAGCAAGGAUGGGAGCUCGUCUGUAGAAGUGAAAACAGAAGUAACCGCGGAGGAUCCACAGGACCCCAGCUUGGAGAGCUGCCCAUCAGCCAGGCCUGUGAGCAAAGCCAGCCCUCCUCCCAGACCAGCCAGCCGCUCCCCACCUAGCAGGGCAGAAGGAGAGGCCAGGGGUAGGAGCCUGUUUGGCAAAGGAGCUGUUAAAACGGACGGAGCUGCGGAGGGCUCCCCUGCCCAGGACCUGCUGAGCUGCUGGAGAGACAUGACCGGCCCCUGUCGUCCCGCCCGGCCAGCCUGCAGCUCCCCCGCCAGCAGCGCCCGGGGGGCAGAGCAGAGGGGGCUGGCCCCGGGGCCCUGGCACGGUCCUUGGGAAGCAGAGGCGGUGCUGGAGGACUCCCCGCUGCGCGGCCUGGAGAACUGCCUGAAGGACAUCGCUGUGACCAGCCCCCGUUGCUCCCACCCACCCGCUCGCCGCUCCUCCAGCCACGGUGCACAGAGAGCCCCGGGGGAGAGGCCUGGGCGAGAAGCUGGGAGCUUGUCCGCCGAAGAAGCAGUGACAGAGGUCCCCCUGCGGGGCCUGCUGAGUUGUGUGACAGACACAGCCGCACCCUCCCCCCAGCAUCCCAGCCCGCCGACCUGCAGCACCUCGGCCAGCGGUGCCGAGCGGGAGACGGAGCUGAGGGGAGUGGAGGCCAGGCUCUGGAACUCGUCCCCUGAAGAGGUGACGCCAGGGACCAGCCCCCUCCACGACCUGGCGAACUGCCUGCAGGAAACACCUGUCCGUACGUCCUGGGCUUCCCGAGUGCUGGCCUGCAACACAGGAGCAGAUGUGUCACCAAGGAGAUCUGCGACGGGGAUGGUGCAGAGCUGGUGCAGAGAGGAUAUCAGCACGGAGACCUCGCCACUCCAAGUUCUGGAGAACUGCCUGAGGGUCAUCCCAGUAAAUAAGCACGGCUACCCCCACAUGUCAGCCAACAUCGCCUUGACCAGCCCCACUCAGAGAGACAUGGGACAGAGGAGGCCAGGGGCCGGGAACAGGAGAUCACUUGGAGAAGACGUCGGUACAGAGAAUUCACCGCUGCGAGGCCUGGAGAACUGCCUGAAGGACAUUCCUGUACCUAGCUGUAGUCAAUCCAGUACCCCAAUCAGCCACUCCUCUAUGAGCAGCUCACUGGAUCCACGUGGCAGACUGGAGACAGCGGGGUGGCCAGUGAAAACAGAAGCAGGGGCCGUCUCAGAGGUCACGCCACCGCUCCAAGGCCUGGAGAACUGUCUGAAGGACAUACCCGUGACCAGGCCCAGAUGCUCCAGUGAAACAACUAGUUACUUCGGCCCCAGCAAAGCCCUGGGAGAGGUGGAGCAGAAGAGACCGGUGCCGAGGCCCUGGAGAGCAUGCGCGGCAGCAGCAAGUGUGGAGAGCUCCCCCCUCUAUGGACUGAUGAACUGCUUGAAGGAAAUACCCGCUGGCCAGCUGCGCUAUGCCAGCACCCCGUCUAACUACUCCUCCAGCAGCAGUGCCGAUGGGGAGAGGGACCCGUGGGGCGCCGGGCCGGGGAUGUGGAGGUGGGGCAAUGAAGAACGGAGCCCUGAGAAUUCCCCUCUCCGAGGCCUGGAGAAGUGCCUGCAGGAGAUCUCGGUGUCCAGGCCCCGGACCCCCAGCUCCCCCACCACAGCUGCUGUGGUGGGCAGCCAGCGAGGAGACACAGCGCGGAGGAGGCCAGAGAUGGGGCACUGGGACUGGCACGGUGCAGCUACAGUUAGCGCCCAUGUCCACGGCCCAGAGAGCUGUGUGAAGACUCUGCCUGGAACCAGACCCAGUCACGCCAGCCGCUUGUCUCACCACCGCACAGCUGGAGACACGGAAUGCAGCAGCCCAGAGGUUGGGAUUUCGAGAUUUCAGGCUGAAGAUCAAAGGCAAGCGGAAAACCUCCCAAGCCUGGCGGAGGUAGCUGCACCCAGAUCCUGUCCUGCCCAGUCCCCUCCCAGCUGUGCUCGGGGAGACGCAGAGCGGCAGGAAUGGGAUGCGCAUGCGAGGAGCUCCAGUAGCAGAGAAGUCACGGCAGGGAGCUCACCCCUCCCCAAGCUGAACUGUUUGAAAGAGAUCACUGCCAACAGACAAACGCCUUCCUCGCCGCCUGCCCGCGCUGGGCAGGGAGACGUGAUGCUGAGGAGAGCAGAGGGCAGGGGGAGGAAGCUGUCCGGGGAAGAAGGGAUGCCAGUGGACGCCCCUCGCUAUGGCCCAGCAACCUGCCCACAGGAAACCCAUGGAAACGGGCCCAGUCGUUCCAGCACGUCGAGCGGUACCUCGCCUGCCCGCGAUGCCCCGGGCCACAGGCAUGCUAGAAGACCCAGGACAGGGAUUAAGAGACCACACACUGAAGCCAGGACAGAUGCUGCCCGACCACCCAGCACCAGCUCCUGCACUGCUGGUGAGGACGGUGGACAAAAGGCAGAUGCCACAUGGGAGGAAUUUCCUAAGAGACCAUGCUCCCGCUCAGCGCCAUCUCCGUGGGAGUACUACGGCUGGGAGAGCGGGACGCCCCUGGACCUCAGGGUGGAGAGGAGCGCGGUCGAGGCCGUCCUCUCGGAGAAGCUGGACCGGGUCUCCCAGGAUUUCGCGGCCAUGUGCAGGGACGUGUCGAGCAUGCAGAGCCGCGUGGCCCAGCUGGAGCGGGACUCGAGGGGCUGGGCUCUCGAGCUGGCUGCCCUCCAGCAAGGCAACAAGCGCCUGAGUGAGACUGUCCGGCGGCUGGAGAGCCGCUGCCACGUGCUGGAGAACCACGCCCGCCGCAACAGCCUGCGGCUGGCAGGCCUGCCGGAGGGGGCGGAAGAGGGAGACCCCAUCGCCUUCCUGCAGAGGACCCUGCCCAUGGUGCUCAACCUGCCAGCGGACUGGCCGCCCCUGGAGAUCGAGAGCGCGCGCCGCGUGCCCGGGGGGGCGCGCUGGGACCCUGCCACCCGGCCCCGGGCGCUGGUCUUCCACCUGCUACGCUUCUCUGACAAGCUGGCCGUCAUGCGAGCAGUCAGGAAACGCGCGGAGCCCCUGGCCUGUGGCGGCGCCCGGGUCGCCCUCUUCCCAGACGCCUGCCCCAAGCUGCGCCGGGGGAGCGGGGCACGGUACGCGGCUGUCAGGAGGCUGUGGCGGGCAGCGGAGCUCCGUUUGGGUGCUCAGCCCUCCAGCUGCUGCCACAGCCGGGCACGAGGACACUGGGAGCCGCUGCCCAGCCCCCCGGGCCACGCGCCCGCUGCAGACAAACAGGGGAGCAGAGUCACCAAAGGGCAGUGACUGAGAGGGGGGACUUGGAGCUGCUGACUCGCUCACCCUCCCCUUGAGUCACAGGAUCCGUCUCCCUGCCCUGGAGACCACAGCACCCCCUGGGCCCGGACUGGACCUCUCCCGCCUCCAGCUCUUUGUUUCCCAGAGUGUCGCUAGGUCCCAGCACUUGGCUGUGUGAUUCCACCGUGUCCGUGUUUUCCCCACCACGGUGUGCACCUGCUCUGCUCAGCUCACACGCCGGGGGCUCCGGGAACUGCAGAGCAAUAGAGACUCGGCCGUUAUUGGAGCCGGCACUGCAGGGAGCCCUUGUAUUGUAACAAGUGAGAUAGCAUCAGAGCCGCGUGUUAGCGAGCUGCUCAGGGAGCUCUUCGGGUGCUAGGCAGUCUGCGGUGGGGGGCUCUGGGCAGGGGUCCGGGGUAGGGUGUGGCACUCGGAUUUGCUUUGCUCCCCAUGACAAUUGCUCCUGGCUGGCUGGGGAGAAAUUUGACAUUUCCCCUUUUUUCCCCUGUCCGUCGCCACUGCCCAAGCUGGUGUCUUUUCCGUCCAGCUUCUAACCACCCCCCGACCUGGGGGAGUUGCGCUCGAUGCUACGUCUCGGCAGCAGUUUCACAGGGAAGAGCCUUCAGGAACCCGGCCAGGACAGAAACCUUCCUGGUGGGAGGCAUCACUCACAGGGAUGUUGUCAGAGUACAGGCACCGCCGCGUGCUCCAAUUCCCCGUAGGCACUGCCCGCACCCAGGAGGCGCUGAGGAUAAAGGCUGUCAUGGGCUUGCUUGGCUGGUCCUUUCCCCUGGUUGUAUAUCUGCUUCCACUGGCUGGAUCCGCCACCCACAGACUUAUGCUUAUUCCCCAUUGCCUCAGCCCUGUUUUGCUGCCCAAACUCUCCUCUGCAACUCCCCAGGCAGCUCCCAGCACUCUGGAGAGUUUCUGGUUUUGGGGCACAAGGAGAAGCUGCCAGAUUUGGAGCCCUCUGCACCCGAACAGGUCCCGCCCCCCAUGUGCGUGAGCCUGGAACAGGUCUCGCCCCCCCCACGUGCGUGAGCCCUGCCUUGGAGGGACCAUCUCUGAGCGCAGAGGGAAGUUCAUUCUCCUUCCUCCCUACCCUGGCCGAGACUACAAACAAAGGGACCGAAGGCUCGAUCCUGCCAGGUGCUGAGCACCCCAGCCCCGCUGUAGCGAAGCAUGUUAGCUUGUGCUUAGCUUUAAGCCCCUGAGUAACCCCUCUGAAAUCGGUGCUUUCCUGGAUCGAGGUCGAAGCACUCAGCGCCGCAGAAUCAAGCCCUACAUGGGGGCUGUGUGAUAAUUACACCCACCCACUCUGUACCCAGCUGCACCCGCCAACUCUCCCAGCAGCCAUCAGUGCGCGAUCAGAGCUGGAUUUGAACUGGAGACCUGCAGUGAAAGACUCCUGCACCCGUAACUAGGUCCCAUUACCUAACUCACACCAAUCUCAUCUCAAUAGGCCCCGAUCGCUUCAGUGUCCAAGUGCCGAUCUCCAUCAGAGAGGUUCUUUAUCACAGGUAUUUCCAGGCUGUCCUGUCUGUGCAGCACUGUCUUGCGUGUAAAGCACAGGGUGAGCAGGGAGGCUGGAACUGGAGCUAGGCAGGACUACGGUAGAGGAUGUGCCAUGUGUUGGGCCAGGCAGCCCCGUGAGUGGUGCCUGGAUAAUCCCAGCAUUUUAAGAGUUAAUUAGUCCAAUGAAUCAUCCUGUUGGCUGAACAGAAGUGACAGGUGCCUCCCUGGAUACGUAUUCAUCAAGUUCCCUAAGCUGGCCCCAUGUCUCAGCCAAAAUUUACUGCAGCUUGAAUUUCUUUGUCUUCAAGGUGCCCCCUGCCUAUUCUCACUGGGCAGCUCAAAAACCUCUGGUUACAGGGGAGUCACCUUCCAGUACCCACACCUGCUUGAGUUCGCCCCCACCCCUAGCUCUGCCAGUGCAUUGCACCAGGGCCUGCUUUUCUGGGGUGGGUGGUGGCUGCUCUGCAGAGCAGGAGAGUUCUGACCCUGCUGGCUCCCCUGUCGCUCUCAGGUUUGCUCUAACUUGGUGGCCCUACUCAGUAGCCACAGGGCACUGGGGGCCUGAUUCUGAGCUCUUACCAGCGAAAUUGGGAGUGACUCCGCUGUGGGGGGUGGAGCCGUGCCAGAAUCGUGCAGGCUCCCUUCUGUUGACAGCAUGGUGUUUGUGAGAUCCUUUCCUGCUGCCAGGGUGGGCGGCACGUGGCUCUCCUGAUUUCCCUGUGUUCUGUGCUCGCAGCACAGUUGGACUGUAUUAAAACAAUGAUUUGUAACGCUGCUUGGCCCCCCUGCCUGGUGUUUGUUUGAAUUCCCUGCACCUGCAUUACAGGUGUACAUCAGGCAGGCCAUGGGCCAGAACCUGCUGUCUGGGUAAAUCCGAGCCACUCCACAGCUUGCAGACUGGGGAGUUCCCCUUGUAGCCGAGAAAUUGAGGCAUCUCCUGUAUG